AUGGACGCCGAGCAGAAUCGUCCGGCGAAGCGUCAGCGUACAGGAAAAGCAUGCAAAUCAUGCCGUACAUCCAAAGCCCGCUGCGAGAUCCAGCAGGAAGCUGACGCGUGUCACCGCUGCGAAGUACUUGACCUUGAGUGCGAAUUGCCGAAGCGCAACUCAACUCGCGCGGUAGCACCCAUCUUCUCUAAUCCAGCCAUCAGCAAUGGAAGAAAUGUUGAGGAUCGUCUGAAACGCGUCGAGCUGAUGAUUGCUCGACUGUCUAAAGCAGUUUUCCCCCAGUCUUCCGAUGCCUUGAACGGCAUCGUUGAUGCUGCGGACAGUCCUGACGCCCUACCAGAAGGGAAUGAUACGGACACCAUCAUUGUACACAGCUACCCGAAACCUGUCGAGAUACUGCAAGACUUGCAAUCCGAAUUGUAUGGUCAAGCUACCGUAUCUUCUUCCGAACAGACAAAUCACCUGGAUGUAGUGUCUGUUGGGCUAUUGCCCCGUGAGACUGCAGUCCAGCUUCUCAGGACGUCUAUCGACAGGUAUAGCAAAUGGAUACCUCUAGCCGAUGUUGUCAGAUUCGUUAGCAAUGUUUCUCAAGACUUCUCUCAGAGGUCGCCUUUGUUGAUGAAUACAGUACAAGACAUGUACAAGCAUGUCAAGCGUCUCGUCGCCGAUGCGGUCAUAGAAACACCUCCUGUAGCAAGCAGCGUUGUCCAAGCACUUACGUUGCUCUGCCUCUUCGGUCCUGCUGUUCAGACAGACAAACCACUCGACAGUUGGCAUCUUAGUGCUAGUACUGCGAAUCAUGCGGUGGUUGCAUUUGGACCGAGUAAUGUCAAGCAGCCCGGCGCAGCAGAAGAACGUACUGUUGAGCAGUUGCGUGUCUGGAGUGGACUCUGCCUAACCCAUCUACAAUACUCCAUUGGCAGUGGUCGUCCCCUUAGUAUCUCGAUACGGCUUAUGGAUGGAUGUCGUCGUCUGCUGGAACAGCCCACAAUAAUGCCUUUUGACACGCCUUUGAUAGCUGAGCUUCAGUUCUACGUGUGCCUACACACAGCUCUCUCGAACCCUGCCGCGACUGCGGAGUCUGCCUUCACACCUUGGGAUUUUGCAUGGAGCCGCUUCCUCACCAAUUCUGGCCCGCCACGCACUCUCGAGUUGUCUCAUUGGUUUGGUCAUCUGCUUCUGCAUCGUCGGAACGCUUCUUCUGUGCAAGGAUUGUCUCCGCAAGCUAUGCACGAAAAGAGCGUACCAUCGAUGCGCGAAAGUGCUAACAUUGUCUCACAAUUUGUACGUCACUCCUCAGACCAGGCCCCUGACCUACCAGACUUUGCUUUCUUCAUUGCAUCGUAUGCUGCGCUAGUACUCUGCGAGAGUGCGGUUGACCAUCAUCUGGUCGAAAAUCUACGAGCAUAUCUCUUCAAAGUUGCGUGUGGAGAAUCACACAUCGCAUUCAAGCAUGGGUGCAUCAUACAACGCGCGCUAGAAAGAUCGAGACACGCAGACUCAAAUGGAGACGAAGCUACCAACGGUGGUGCUGAGGCGGCACCUCACGCCGCCGGAACGCCCCUACCCUCUCAAGCUAUGGGACUCAAUGACUUUGACGCUCUGGCCGGCUUCGACAUCUUCGGCGAGUACUUCACUGUUGGCAGUCUGCUAUGA